AUGUCAAUGAACAACUCUUUCUGCUUUGAUACUAUUUACAGCAUCUCAACUAGAGGCGAAGAAGUGCUGUACAGUCUUGUUGUUCGGGAUUCCAAAACUCAAGGAGUUUACCCUGUUGCUUUUCUAAUCGCAAAUGAUAAAACUGUUGGCCCACUCAGUCAAUGA